ACUGGGAUCGAGCCGUAUCAUCGAUUCGGGAAUUUCGUAUCAACGUAAGAACAAAUCAAACAUUAUUUGAAGGAAAAUGUGAAGUUUCUGUAAUUUUAAACGAUAGUAAAAUUCAAAUUUGGACAGACAGAUCAUCAUUUAAUAAUGGUACAACAAGAGCUCAGGCAGGUCAUAAAGGUAAUUAUAGUAAUGAACAAGCAGACAAAUUAUCUAAAAUAGACUGGGAUCGAGUCGUAUUAUCAAUUCAUAACACAGAAUAUGAAUCAUCGAUACGUGUUCGUGAAUCAAC